GCUCCAGGGCGUUCAAGGCAAUACUGAUUCAGUUCUCAGUUCUCAGCCGGACGGCUAAGGAAUCGUCUCUCCAAACAAGUAAAAUAAAAUACAAUUAUAUUCGAAUCGAAAGCCGGAACUUUUCGGGAAUGGCGCGCAGCGGACUCGGGCUGCCCAUGUGGAUGCCGCUCUUCAUCCUCUUCCUCCUGUUCAUGGCUAGCGUGUGGGGUAAGCCACAGCUGAUGGUCAACCGCCAGGGUCUGCUGGACAUGUACCACCAGCAGGUGCACGGAAGGGGCGACCUCGUCUGCUCGAAGGAUGGCCCCAAGUCGCACUACAAGGAGAAGCGCGCUGAUCGAACACUGAACCCCUUCAAGGCCUUCCUGACCUGGCCCGGAAAUAGACAACUGCCCCAUGAGCAUCUGGGCAAGUACGAGGGAAUUGAGGGGCAGCUGACCUACGCCGGCGAGAACUCGCCGAGGAGCCGCAUGCGGGAGCGCAAGCUGCAGGAGGAGAUGCAGCCGAUGGUGGAGCGGAAGCUGGAGGCGCUAAUGAAGCGCCAGGACAUGGCGCUAAUGAAGCGCCAGGACAUGGCGCUGGACCAGGGCUUACAGCGACCCAGGAAUCAAGCACGCCACGCCGGAAUGCUACGGAAACUGAAGGGACCUCACAGAAGACGGCUGGUUAAUAGUCCAGUGAUGGAUUUCAGGCGCGAGUUCGCCAGCGACGAGGCCAACCCCUACGUCGAGAACCUGCGACAGCGCUUCAAUCCCUCUCCAUACGACUAGACCACCAAGGAGCAAGGAUCAAUUGUUUAAUUGUAUAUUUUCUAGGAUCUGGGGAAAUUCAAAAUAAAGAUGGGCUCGAGGGCCUUCUGCCCCGGGCUAGUAGCUUUCGUUUGACUUUAA